AUGUUGAGAGUCGCAGGAUUUGUCGGAGUUGCGCUAGCAAGGACUACAACGGAGGACUGUCUAGUUCCGCCGAUAAUAGAAAAUUUCAAUGCGGAAGCGUUUUCGGGCAUUUGGUGGAAUCUUGCGGGGUAUCCAGAGCGAUAUUUGCCAAAUGAGCCAGACGGAUCGGACGGAAAAUGCAUCGAGCUUUUCUACGAUUUCGACGCCGAAAAGUCCCGCAUCGACGUGAAUAACACUUCGAUCAACCCAACAAAAGACGGGCUCUGGGCGAAAACAUGGACAACUGGCUAUGCGUAUCAAGAUUUUGAACGAACAGCGCCCAACUUGCUAUUUGUCGAUUUUAUUGAUGAAUACACGCCCGAAGACGCACCGUAUUAUCCAAAUUACUGGGUCCUUGACACUGACUAUGACGAGUACGCCGCUGGAAUGAACUGUUAUCGCCUAAAUGCGACUCAUACAAACACUCAGUUCUGGAUUCUUGGGCGAGAACCUUCUUUUGUCGAGUCGAAGAAAUUCGAGACGAUUGUGCUGAAGGCGGAGGAUGAAUGGAACAUGUGCCCGGAAGAUUUCGUGUUCAGAUACAAUUAUGACUGCGAAUAUGAUUUUGUGGCUGGAAAUCCAACUGGCCCGAAGAAAAUUGCAAGAAGUCCAAGAAAAUAA